ACAAGUGUACAACUUCAUAGAGUACUCUCUAUAAAAAAAAAUGGCUUCAAGUUAUAGCUUGGUGUUUCUUCAUGUGUUAGUCAUGUUUUGUCUAGCAAACAUCGCUUUUUCGGAUUUAUCAGAUGAUUUCUACGAUGAUAUUUGUCCCCAAGCUUUACCAACCAUUAGAAGGGUUGUUGAGGAUGCAGUCAGCCAAGAGAGGCGAAUGGGUGCCUCUUUGCUACGAUUACAUUUUCAUGAUUGUUUCGUUAACGGUUGUGACGCUUCAAUUCUUCUUGAUCAAACGGCUACUAUUGACAGUGAAAAGACUGCUCGUCCUAAUAACAAUUCUGCUAGAGGAUUUGAAGUGAUCGAUAGAAUU